AUGAAUCCACCCUCACCCGCGCCUCUCCCUCCGUCGCAGCCCGCUCAGGCCCGCGCGAGGCCCGCCCGAGCGCCGCUGACCGUCCCGUCUCCUGGCUCCCUCCGCCCCCGCGCCGGCGCUCUGCCGCCGUCCUUCGCCCCACGGCUCCUCCUCCCGGCCCGCGCGCCCGAGCCGGCCGCACGCCCGCGUGCCGCUCACGCCUCCCCGUCGAACCCCGCCGCCGACCCGCGCAGUGCCGCGCCCUUCGCCGACUUCGCCUGCGCCGGCCACCGUGGGCCGCGCCGGCCCCAUCGCCCUGCCUCAGCUCCACCCCCACCUCGUGCCGGCGCCCCGCUCCGCCCGGCCGCCUCUCGCCGCCACACGUGCCCUGCCGCCAUGGACGCCGGCGCCCGCUCGCCGGAUCUGCUCCGCGCCACCCGGAGCUCCUCGUCCCGGAUCCGGCCGGGCUGGAUCAGAUGCACCAGCCCGCCGAUCCAAACGCCUCCGCCCGUCUCGUUCAUCUCCAUCUCGGAACCCCGAGAUCCAGUUUCCCGCGAGGUCUAA